ACAGACGAAGUCUCGCGUUCUCUACGGUGGCGGCCGGUAUUGCAUCAAAAUUUGACAUUUGAAAGUAGAUAUUUUUCGUUAAGAAAAUGGAUAAAAAAAUAGAAAGUGAAGUGGGUGACCGUGAUCCUGAAACAAUUACAGAACUGAACUUAGAUGAAUGUCCAAGUCCAUGCAAAUUAAGUCUUCUCCGGAACUUUGUUAAUUUGGAAUCUUUAAGCAUUAAAAACUCUGGCAUUACAGGUUUAAGAGGUUUUCCAAAGUUUGCAAAAUUGAAAAAAUUGGAUCUCAGUUCAAACAACAUUGCAAAUACUCUGUUUUUUUUACAUGGUUGUUCACAGUUGACAUAUUUAAAUUUAAGUGGCAAUAAAUUUAGAGAUCCUGCAGCUUUUAAACCUUUAGGCAAAUUGAAAAAUCUGCAAUCUUUGAUACUUGUGAAUUGUGAGGCUACUCAGAAACCAAACUACAGGAAAAAGAUUUUCAAAUAUGUGAGUUCAUUGCUGGAUCUUGAUGGUGAAGAUAAGAAAAAAGAAGACGAAGAACCAUUUGAAGAAGUCAUGGAAGUAGAUGGAGAGGAGAAUGCAACAAAGAAAAGAAAAAAGGAAGAGAAAGAUGCAUCUCCAAGAAAAAAGAGAAGAAGUGCAAUAAUGCAGCCAAAAAAUCCAUUGAUGCAAUUGAAUGAACUAAAACCUGGAUUAAUUUAUACAGUUGAUGCUCAAUCAGGACCCGCACAUAACCCAGAAUUUGUUGCAACCGUUGAGGUGAAUGGGCAGAAGUUUACUGGUCGUGGCAAUUCAAAGCAAAAUGCAAAACAUGCGGCUGCUCAAGCUGCUUUAGCCUCAUUUGUGCAAUUUCGUAAUACACCGCAGGCAGUUGCUGCCAUGAGUUGGUCUCAUAGUUCAUCAGAUUUCACAGCAGAUAACUGCGAAAAUGAAAAUUUCAAUUCCAAUAAAUUUGAAGUGCGAAAGAACGGAGCCGGGAACGAUAUUUGCAUCUCAACUGGAGUGGUUGUCAAGAAACCUCUUAAAAUAUUAACUGAGGCUGACAAGAAGAAUCCUGUUAUGCUUUUGAAUGAAAUUCAUCCAGGAUUAUCAUAUGAAUUGGCUGAAGAGAACUCAUCGGUGCCUAGCCAGAGAUUUCGCAUGACUGUAAAGGUAGGGGAAAAGGAAUACGAAGGUACUGGGCAAAAUAAAAAAUUGGCAAAAGCAUCUGUUGCAAGAGCUGUAUUAGCAUCUUUAUAUAAUGUCACUUAUCAAUUGUACCCAACAGCCUUAUUACCAGAUGAUCCUUCUGCGGCUGAACUUUUCAAUUUUCCUCAAGCCAUUGCUGACAAAAUUCAAAAAGCUCUGAUGACCACAUUUAAUGAGGUGAUGACUGGGAACCCAGAUAAUGCUAAGUGGAAAGUAAUCGCUGGAAUAGCCAUGACGAAAGACGAAGCAAUGGAGGAAAUUCAGUUGAUUGGAUUUGGGACGGGAACAAAAUGUGUUAAUGGAGAACAUAUUAGUAUGGUCGGUGCAAAUCUUAACGACUGCCAUGCCGAAAUCAUAUCUCGCAGGUGUUUUAAAGAUUUCUUGUACACGAAUUUGGAACUACAUUUGGAAGGGGAAGGUGAUCAGUCCAUAUUUAUUAAGAGUGAGCAGGGUGGUUUUCGACUGAAGCCUAAUAUAAAGUUUCAUUUGUACAUUAGUACUGCCCCAUGUGGUGAUGCAAGAAUCUUUUCUCCCCAUGAAGAAGAAGCAAUUGACGCCGAUCGGCAUCCCAAUCGAAAUUCACGUGGUGUUUUGCGCACCAAAAUAGAAUCUGGAGAAGGAACUAUUCCUGUGAAACCCGGUACUUCCAUUCAAACAUGGGAUGGCAUAAUGCCAGGACAAGAAAGACUUCUUACCAUGUCUUGUUCAGACAAGAUUGCUUCUUGGGCCGUUCUUGGACUGCAAGGAGCUUUGCUUAGUCAUUUUAUAGAACCCAUAUACCUUCAUAGCAUUGUUCUAGGUGGUCUGUUUCAUCCUAGUCACAUGCGACGUGCAUUAUUUGCUCGAUUUGAGGGAAGCUUAAAAGACUUGCCUCCGAGAUAUCAUUUGCACAAGCCAAAGAUGUCGAGUACCACAAGUCCUGAAUUGAGGCACCUUGUGAAGUCCCCAAAUUUCAGCGUAAACUGGACAUCUGGUUUGGGGCGAGCCGAAGUCAUUAAUGCUACAACAGGCAAGCAAGAAAAUGGUCAGAUGUCACGCUUAUGUAAAAGGGCAUACUUCCAACGUUUCAUGAAUAUUUACGAUCGUUUAAGCCACGUAGGAAAUUAUGUAGUGCCAUCACUGACUAUUUAUUCUGCUUAUAAAAAGUCUGUGAAAGAUUAUGAAGCGGCUAAAAAAGCAUUUAUAGACUCUUUUGAAACUGCUGGACUGGGCAAAUGGGUGAAAAAACCAGCUGAACAAAAUGAAUUUGAACUUACUUUCUAAAUCAAAUUUAAUUUGCAUUGAGGUGUAUUUAAAUUAUCAAAGGUCCUGAAUCGUUUAUGUUUCAGUACAAUUUUUUAUUGUAUAAUUUUAUUUCAUUUUUCAUCUCAUGUUACAACACCCCUUUAGAUGUAAAAGGUAACGGCUAAUAAAUCAUAUUAGGCCAACAGAAAAAUUUAUUGUUU